AUGGCCGCGGCUACCAUCUCGACCGCCUCCAUCCCCUCCGGCAGACCCACCGCCGGCACCACCGCCGAGAUCGAGUCCGGAGCCGUCGAGAUACCCGACCAUCUGGCACGCUUCUCAUCAACUCUCUCCUCGCAUCUGCGCCCGACAUCGGCUGGCGUCCCUCGGCUAUCUGUCGCAUCCUAUUCGCACCUCUACCAUAGCUGCCAAGGGAGCCCCCAUGGUGCGCAUUUUGUGGUGCACCAGCACGACCAUCCCGUGGCCGGUCCGCACUACGACCUGCGUCUUCAGAUCAACGAGACGAGCAGCGUCAGCUGGGCCAUCAUGUACGGGCUGCCCGGUGACGCCAACAGCAGCCGCCAGAGCCGCAAUGCCACCGAGACUCUAUGUACGCAGAAUCACCUUGUCGAAACCGCGUCUCCAGAGACGGGCUCCCUCCUCAUCUGGGACACGGGCACGUACUCGAUUCUCCCACGCCCCAGCAAACAUGCCCCUACUCUCGACCCCUCCUCACCGCCAGCCUCUCACCAAUCUCAGUCUGCAUCUGCAUCUCCGUCUCCCUCCCAGACGGCCCAAUCUCUGCUUCACGCUGCCUUCCAGGACCGUAAGAUCCGGCUGCGUCUCCACGGAGCAAAGCUCCCCGAUCCCUACGUCAUCAAUCUCCGCAUGACCAAGUCGGAGGAUGCCGCAGGGCGGUCUAGGGGCCUGAAAAGACGGGCUACAGGUACUAUUCGUAGGCGUCGAGGGAGAACGACACGGGUCCAGCUGCAAGAGCGGGAAACUAGCUCUUCUUCUUCUUCUUCUUCUUCUUCUUCUUCUUCUUCUUCUUCCAGCAGCGAGGCUGAUGACAAUGGCGAUGGCCAUGGCUUGGAUAACAAAGAGCCCCAAACCGAAGCCAUUGACGACCCCUCCCUGAGGGAACAGCAAGACGCACAAGUCCGCCUCACAAACGCCUACCCCGGAGCCUCAAACACCAUCGGCAGCAUCCACCAACGAAGAUGGUACCUCUCCCUUGAUCGCCGCGCAUGUGGCUUUACAGAAAAGCGGCGUCGCGGCCGCUGCAGCUUAUGGGAGUCUCCUCCGAUAGAGUCACCUUCAACCUCAGAACCAGGACCCUCGCGGCUCUCGUUCCCAUUUUACGUCCGUGGGCCGCAGUUUGAACAGAGCGUGGUGACGGGGAGAAGAGGAGAGGACGUUCUGCGGGAUGAAGGCGUGACUACCUUUAUCGCGAGGAAAGGUUGGAUGCCUUUGAUGAAGUGA